UAAAAAGUUGAGAAAAUAUUUUAAAUUAGUGUAAUAAAAUGUGUAAGUUGGUAAUGAGUUAAGUUACUUGAUGCGCUGGCCCGAACAAUCCGAAACCCGACCCGCCCGCAACCCGCCCGACCCAAAACCCGAUGAACCCGCAACCCGAUUUGCCGCAACCCGAUUGAAUCUGAACCCGAUGAACCCGCAACCCGACUAACCCGCAACCCGUUUGAACCCGAACCCGAACCCGUUGAACCCUCAACCCGACUAACCCGCAACUCGUUUGAACCCGAAUCCGAUUGAACCCAGCCCGAACCCGCCCGAUUGACACCUAUAGUAGUUAGUGCCUUGUUAGAGUGGGAUAAUUGGUCGGAACAUGUUAUGUUAUAGUUGUUUUCCCGGCGAGAAAAUGCUUGUAUUGAUAUUAAUAGGUGCAUUUUUUUAUUACUUUUUGAACAAUCUAAAUGAUAUGGUUUACACCUUUUCGAACAAAAUCCGAAUGAUGGUGUUUGGUGCUUUUUGAUGGAUUGUGGAACAAACUAAAUUAAGUUACUCUACUUUUACAAAAGCUCGGUGAGAGCUCCGGAAACUAAAAGAUAUGCCUAGAUCAAGAUUAAUAUAAAGUUCGACAUGAAGUGUUAAAUGUUGACUCUCGAAACCCUUUCGAGUCUUCAUUUCUCCUAUUUAUAGGUAUCGGAUGCAAUUGCCUCGAAUGACCUCUCUUCCAAGUUCCAACCAUCACAGUACUUGAUGUAACUUGUUUGAUUCUCUCACUCCACUUACUUGCAUGUGAAGCAUUUGCACUCUCGCUACUCAUCAACUCGAAGCCAACGAGUCAUAUCAACUCAAAUUAUUGAGAGAUCAUAUGAUUUUUUUCAUUUUUUGUGCAAUUUAAUACUUCCAUCUCCUCUUUCAUUAUGCCCAAUCACCCAAUCUCUCAUCUCGGGUCUAGCCAGCAGACACACAGUUGGAGCGGCCUGAACCUGAAGCAUUUACUGACGACCAUUAGUACUUCCAGUCUCUCACCUCGAGCCUAACCAUUCUAUUAGGACACUGCGUAGGAUCACGAGACAUUAAAAAUAUCGUCAAUUCCAACAGUAGAAGAGGUAGAGGAAAACAGGGGACGUAGAGGGGAAGAAACAAGAACAAGAAUAAACAAUUAGAUAGGCAGGCAGCAAUGAAUACGAAUGAAGAUAGAGAGGUGGGUUCUUGGUAAAUGGGAGAGAAGAAAGAACAGAAGAAACUGACCAAACUAUGUCCUCCUCUGUGCCUGUGGACCAUUUCCCUUUUUACAUUUCAUCAAACCAAACAACAAAAGUUACAGUUUUGGCCCACUGAGAACCAUAGUCCUUUCCUUUCAUUGAUUGAUCUUGUUACCUUUGCAUAACAGAGAUCCCAUCUCUCUAUGCUUCUUUCCUCUUCCAUAUUCACCAUGAGUCUUCUUGUUCUUCAUAUCUGUCUCCUUUCUUCUGUGUUUCUCAUGUUGCUGCCUGCAGCAACUGCAUCAUCAUCGUCUGAGUUUCGGAGGUCGAAAGCCGAGUACUAUCGCAGCCCGGAUUGCUUGGGCACAUCAACUGGAGCUUGUGGUUAUGGCAUACAUGGAAGCACCAUCAACAAUGCACUGGUGGCUGGAGUUUCCGGGCUGUGGAAUAACGGGAUCGGCUGUGGAGCGUGCUACCAGGUGAGAUGCAAGGCUGAUAACCUAUGCAAAGAGGAAGGGAUAACGGUGGUGGUGACCGACAAUGCCUCGGGAGGGGACAUUGAUUUCAUUCUCAGCGCACAUGCCUUCGGAAGCAUGGCUCAUCCCGGGAAGACUGCCGAUCUAUUCUGGAAAGGGGUGGUGGACGUUGAGUACCGACGUACAACGUGCCAGUUCCCAGGCUACAACCUCAUAUUCAAGGUUGUGGAGCAGAGCAACUUCCCUCACUACUUAGCCAUAGCCCCUAUGUUCCACGGUGGGGAAAACGAUAUCUUUGGCCUGGAAAUUAGCCUGGAGGGUGGUGAGGAAUGGAAAAGUAUGAACAAGGCGUGGGGUGGAGUUUGGGACUUGCCUAAUCCGCCAUCGGGUGCUCUAAAAGUAAAGGUCAAAGUUGGGACUAGCAAUGGGGAACAGAAAUGGGUAGAAGCAAAUAAGGCCUUACCGAGUUCGUGGAAGCCUGGUGCUGGUUAUGAUUCCCACGUCAAGCUUGCUUGAGAGAUCUUCCAUAAUUAUUAUGGCUGAAAAAUACUUCCUUUGGUAAAUAUCUUGCGUCAUCAAUGAAAAGAAAACUACGUCAGUGAUUCGAAAUGUUUGCUACUACGUUGCUACAGAUCCCACAUGUAGGCAGAUGAAUAAAGCUGGUAGUUGCGAAAAGAAUAGACGAGAAACUAAUUCACGAGUUUUUUACUCCCACUCGCAUAGGCAUGCAUCAGAAGGCUCUAAAAGUUCCAGAUUAUGUAAAGUAUCAGGAGAACCUAAGUUUUGGAGACUUCAUUGAUGCAACACACCAAGCGGGCUCAAACUUAUGCAUUCAGAUUGAAAUGAAAAUCAAGAAAAAGAAGGUAAAAGCAUAUUAUGAGGAUAUUCAAGUGACAGUGACUAUUUACAUCAAGAAGACCUAUAUUAAACUAUAUACAGCUAGCAAAGAAGUCCAAUUAAAAAGUGUAUCUCAUA